AUGAGUAAUGCCAAUGAUUCAAAUAAUAUAACAUUGGUUAAUAACCCCGAGAACAAUCAUAAAACCACUUCAUUUACGCAAUUAACUGAUCCAAUAGUACCGAGUCUGACUAAUAAUGAAACUAAUAAACUAGUAAAAGUUGAAGAUCCAGUCGAAAGUUUAAUGUUGGAUGAUGAUUUCAAUAUUCUUUUUGCUAAUUCAAAUGAUGAAAUUGUUAAUGAUCAGCAACAAUCACUAUCACAACCAUCACAAACUGAGACAGAAACUAAAAACGACGCAACUACAACACUACAAAAUUUUGAUCUUAAUUUAAAAGAAUCAUUAGAUAAAAACUCGACAACUAUCAGUCAAUCACAAACUCCGAAUCUUCAACCUCAACCAAAUUCUCAAAUAUCAGAUAUGACAGCAGAUAUUAAUAAAUCCUCAUUCGACUUUAUAUCAACUUUGCCACAACAAGCAAAACAGGAUGCACCAUUAAUACAACAACAACAACAACAACAACAUCCAAAAGAAAAACAAGUUAAAAUUGAAGAACCAAAACGUAUAUCAAAUUCAUCGUCGUCAUCAUCAAUUUACGAUAAAGGAGAUUUAGAUCAUGAUGUUAAUCAAGAGGAAGAAGAAGAGGAAGAUCAUACACAAUCAAGAGUUUCAGCAUAUGCAAGGCUUGAUUUUGAAAAUAAUGUAUUUUAUGUCCAAACUUUACAAGUCAUAUUGGGGAGAAAAUCUUACGACGAAUUACAACAAUCACAAGUUGACGUUCAUUUAUCAGAAAAGAAAGCCAUAUCAAGAAAACAUGCCAAAAUAUUUUAUAAUUUUGGAUCUCAACAAUUUGAAAUAACAGUAUUAGGUAAAAAUGGAGCUUUCGUUGAUGAAGCAUUUGUUGAAAAAGGUGUAACAUUACCAUUAAUAAAUGGAGUUAAAAUUCAAAUUGGUGAUAUACCGUUUCUGUUCAUUUUACCUGAUCAAAUGAAUCAAGAUAUUGAAUCACAAGAUGGUCCAAAACAAUUUAAUCCAAGUGACGCAAUAAAUUUAAAAUCAAAUUUGUUUUCAAAACAACCAACUCCAAAAAAUUCGCCAAAGAAAACAGAUCAACAACUCACUCAACAACCAGGCUCAGCUUCACCUACUGAUCCAUCGACUACAUUGCGUAAAAAAUCAAUGAGUAGGCGAGAUUCAUUACUAAAAAUACGAACGCUAUCGAAUGCCAGGAGAACGUCUACCGCAGCCAAUGACGAAUUAAAUCAACUAUUACAAGAUUUGGGAGUAACGGAGAGUAUAGAGGAGGAUUCUGAAUUAUUAGAUGCACAAAUCAAGAAGUUACUAGAUGAGGAUAAUGAUCUAGAAGGUGAUGUAUUGAAACUUUCGCAUUUUAAUGAAUCAGCUAUAGCAGAUGAUGAAGAAGAUUUCGAUUUAGUAAAAGGUAUCGAAAAUGAAGCAAAAAUUGAAAAAGAAAUUCUAGAUAUUGAUUCAAAUAUAUCACAAUUAAAUCGUGAGAUUGCUAAUUUGAUAGUACCUCAACAAGGUACAACUCAACAAAAUCAAAGUUUAAUAGCCGAAAAAGAGCAACAAAGAAGAGGGUUGGAAGAAGUUAAACAACAAAAGAAAGACCACAUAUCACAAAGUAGAUCAUCAUUUGUUAAAAAUGCAGGUCCAGUAAGAACAACUCCAUUGAUGGGUAAACCAGCAUCAAUUCAACCACCAGCAUCAUCAUCAAUAUAUAGUAGAAUUAAUGGACUAGAUAAAACUGGCUUACAUUUUUUCCCAAAUGCGAUUCCACCGCCAAAACCCAAAUUGACAGUACCUGUUCCUUUAAUUACAUCAGAACCUGGUGCAAUAAGAUCUCGACCACCACUAAGAGCAAUAACAAUGAGAGAUUCCACACUACAUUCAACUUUUUAUUAUCCAAAAACUCUUGAUCAACCAACAGAAUUCCCCAAACCAAAAGGUAGAAAAAUCAUACCCCGAAAACCAUCAAAAAGAGUUUAUACAAUUGACGAAAUUCCAGAACAGUGUAGACAUAAACCAAAUAUCACAUUAGCAGGUAUGGUAACAAAUGUUUUACAAACAGCAGCUGCGAGAAAUGGAUUAACUAUAAAUGAAAUUACAGAUGCUGUAAAAGAAGUUUACCCGUAUUACAAAUAUUGUCAAGAAGGUUGGCAGGCAUCAAUAAGUCAUUGUAUAAAAUUCACCAAGAUCUUUAAAAAAAUUGCUAAAAAGGGACCUGAAUGGUUAUAUACAAUGGAUGAAUUAUAUAAGAAUGAAAGAGAAACAAUGAAGAUAAAACAAAGAGAAAUCUUAGCAAAAGCUGAAGCUAUAAGACAAGAAGAAUUCCGUCAAAGACAAAGAUUGGAAGUUAAUCAACAAUUUAUGAUGAAUAGGAACUUCCCACAACAACCAUACCCAAUGAAACCUUAUAAUAAUCAAGUUCCUACCUUACCUCAACAUCAACAAUAUCAACAAUCUUCACCAUCACAUCAAACUCAAUUACCACAAAAUAUGAAUUAUCAACCUCAACAACCAAGAACAAAUAUACCUAAUGGUCAACAACAAUACAUACCCAACAAUACCCAACAACAACAACCACUUAAGCAAAACCAAUCACAACCUCUCAAAUCCACCCCUAAUUCAACUCAACCUUCAACAACACAACCGAAAUCACAACCAUCAAUGAGCGACCCAGACACACAAAAAUCAUUAGAAUACUUAAGAAAAGAAUUAUUUACUUUAUACAAAUCAAGAAAUCUAACAUACGAUAAAACAAUAGCAACAACGUUAAUAACGAAAUCAUUAGCAACAACAAUAGCUCAAGUAAAUAGUAUUGGUGCAAAAGUAGGAGCAGGUGAUAACGCUCUUAGUUUUUUAGUGGAAAAAGCACCUCAACAAGUUAGUAAAAUCUUGGACAUUGCUUUGAGUAAAUCUAUAAAAGAUUUUGAAGGUGGAAAUAAAUCUGGAGCUGGUACUCCAAGUAAAGCUUCAACUCCUAUUCAAGCAAAGGCUAUCCCUGUUACUACUGGCCCAUCUACUACUUUAAAUCAAACACCACCACUACAACAAUUACCUAUUCAAACACAACCUAAACUUUCAACAAAUAAUACAGUUGAUGUUCCACAAUCAACACCAUAUCAACCAAUUCCAAAACCUCAACAACCACAACAAGUUUAUAAUCAAGCACCACCGUUAUCAACUUCGCAGCCAAUACCACAAACACAGCCAAUUACUCAUCAAUCAAAACCACAAUUACAGAAUUCACUGCCACCACCACAACAACCACUACCACAAAACAAUCAAUCAACAAUCACAUCGACUCAAUCAAGUCCAACAACAUCAGCAUCAACACCAAAACAAUUCUCUCCAUCACCACAACCAUCUACUACAAACCAAACAAAGAUUCCAUUAUCAAGACCUCCACUGUUUGGCAAACCACCAAAUCUCAAGGGUAAUUCGUUAGGAAGACCAGGAUCAUACGCAAGACCUCAACUGUUUGGUAAACCACCAGGAUUACAAUCUGGAGGUGGGUUAUCACCAUCAUCAUCAACAACAAAUCUAUCAAGACCUGCUCCUACUUUUUUAUCAAAUAAGCCAACUUUUGGAAGUAGUGGUAUAAAGAGGGGACUGGAAAGUGCUGAAAAUAAUGAUCAUAUUAAUAAGAAAAUAAAUUUAUAG